UAUAGGCAAAUGUACAUCGCACGUUUACAUGACAUUACAAAAGUAAAGUCAGCACAAAAACAUUCAGAAAAUGUUGAUGGAAGGGUAGGUUAUUUUUUUUCGCGCGAGAUGAGUAUUUCGCGGCAGAGCUGUUUCACUCGCGAGGGGUCGCCAAAAACAAGUCUGUCUGUAGUCCUACCUCAGCCUCAGGGAACGUUUCUUCUCAGCAGCUAGCUAGCCAAAAUAUUCACUUUAUAGUCUAUGAUAAAAAAGAACAGUAUAAGUCUGAAGACAGCUCACAAGUUUACUCAGUGUAUGCUAUUUUUGGAUUCGUUUUCGCAUCCAAAAGGUAAAGCUAGGCAAAUGACAGCUAACGUUAGCUAGUUACAGUAGUUCACUCUUAAAGUUGACCGCUGUCUUUGAUGUUCUCUUUGGAAAUGAAUCAAUUAUUCUUGCCAAAUGACCUUCAACCUUCAAUUCCUAGUUUAUCCUCGGGUCAAUAGCGUCCGGACAGUUUUGUGGCGAUGGCGGCAGUCACCAGGAAAUUCACCAUGACCCAGAAGUUCCACCGCCGACGGUCCCGUCGCCAGCCCUAUCCGGUGAGAACCAUCACGACCCGGAGUCAGGGCAUGGCCAGUGGCUGCUUCUUCGAGAGGCUGCCUGCAGAGGUCUUUGACAUGGUCCUGGACAGACUCUCUGUGCUUGAGAUCAGUGUAUUCAGCAUGGUGUCCAAGGCCAUCAGUCGCUACAUUGUGAAUCACAUCUCUACUCAGACCUGGAGGAACAGAAUGAUCCUACAAAAGCUCCGGCACUGCUCCUCUCCCUCCUCUCCUCCCAAAGAGGACCCCGCCACCCUGGGACACUACAAAGCGCUGGGGUUGUUGUUCAAGAGGUGUACCCUGUUGCUACCUACAAAGGACAGGUUGAAGUUUAUAUAUAGCAAGUUCUCCCAGGUCCCGUGCUUCAUGAUGGAGCAGUGCACUGCCUCAACAGGCUGCCCUUUCUUCUCCAGCUACGGAGUUUUCUUGCAGACGUUGAUUGCGGGCUGGGAUGAGCUGGAGUGUCACCGGGUCUUCAACUUCCUGUGCGACUUCACAAACCUUCCCCGGAAGAUCGAGUUGGUCGUCACUGGAAAGCCAGGAGCAUGUCAGCGGUUGGAGCUGCAGAUCCGUGGGUUCUGUCGUCAGGUUCUGUUGGAGCCGUGGAGCAGCCGAAGAGACACUCUGUUCUGGCUCACCAGGAUCCUCCAGUCCUGGCCCAUGGUCUCACAGGCCAGGCUACUGUUCAUACUCUAUGGACCACGGCUGCCUGACGGUUCUCUGGGCUGGCAGGAGCAGCUGGGUGCAGGAGUAGCCCAGUGUUCUCUGUGGGACUUGGCCAAGGCUGUGAUCCUGCUCCACAGUGACCUGGAGGCUAGAGACUGGACCACUGACACCGUACUGGCCAUACUGGAGGAACUCACAGUGCUCCCCCAGGCGUGGCAUGUAGAGAGCGUGGCCAGGCUGUUGAUCCUGUGUGGGAACAGUCUGUGUUACAGUAUUCUGGCUAGCAAGGCUCUCAACGGACGCCUCUUUGAGAUCUCACGACUCCUCGUCUACCUCAUACUGGUGUGUGAGAAGGACGGCUACUGUAUGAACUGGUCGGUGAGGAUGGUGCAGCAGGUGUGCCAGGUGUUCUUGUCGCCCUCAGACAGGUGGUCAUUCAUCCAGAGCGUUGAGAACAUGUUCUCAGAGGUUACCAUGGAGAUGUACGAGGUUGUCAUGGCAGGUAACCGUCAUGAGGACAUGGAGACCUUCCAGAGCCUCCUGAAUGCCAGCGCUCACUUCCACACUGAGAUAGUCUACAUGUUCCUCAAGAAGGCUUGAGGACAGAGAAAGGAAAGUGAGGGGCUGAAGAAAUAAAGGGUGAGGGGAUAAGAGAUAGAAGAAAAGGAGAGAGUAGGGACACUGUCAGGGAAAUGAUGAUCUGAAGGUUUGUGUUUGAGCAGAUAGAGGGAUAUAAAAGGAGUGAAGGUAGCCCAAGACGAUAGGGCAAAUUAAGGGUUUCUUCUCCCUUUGUCAACAGUAUUCACAUCAUUACACUUUUAUACUUUUGUUAUACAGCUUAUUUAUACUUUUGUAAAUUAACUACUUUAAAAUAUUGGUAUCCUGUAAAGGGAGUAUUUAAUUAUAUUUAUAGAUUUAUUAAUAUAAGUUUGCAACUAUUUAUUAGCAUUUCAUAAAGGUGUUCAACUUGUACAGUAUAACGGUUAUGAUGCAUUGAUUGUACUUGAUGCUUCUGUGUUGAUGGAA